AUGAAGCUCUUUGCUUGGUGCCUGCUGCCUGUGGCCUCAGCGUCUUCGCCAGGCCUCUCCGUCUUCGGCCACAAGGUUCCAGACACGGACACAGUGACAGCUGCCUUGGUGUAUGCCUGGGAGCUGAAUGCCAGGAACAUCUCGGCCACGGCCUAUCGCCUUGGUGAGCUGAAUCCAGAAACCGACUUUGUGCUCAAACGCCUUGGAGUGGCGGUGCCACCGCUUUUGGCAGAUGUCUCGGCGAAGGAUGCGGUGGCUGUCGUGGACACAAACAAUCCGCAAGAGCUCCCAGAGGGCAUCCUGAAAGCCAGCAUCCACUCAAUCGUCGAUCACCACAAGCUGAGUGGCCUCACCAACGCAGAGCCCUUGGAGGUGGACAUGAGGCCCCUCUGUUCUGCCACUAGCAUCCUCUACGCACGCGCGAAGCUCCUGGGACUAGCCCCACCGAAGGACGUGGCGGGCUUGAUGCUUGCAGGGAUUCUCUCGGACUCCUUGGAGUUCCGGUCGCCGACCACCACAGAGCUUGACAAGGUCCACGCGGGUGAGCUGGGCAAGUUGGCCGGCCUGGAUGUCCAUGAGUUUGCGGAAGGCAUGCUUGAGGCGAAGGCCAACGUUGAUCAUCUGAGUCCUUCAGAACUAAUCAUGAUGGACACGAAGAUUUUUACCAUCGGUGGCAAGAAGCUGCGGGUGUCGGUCAUGGAGACCACCAAGGCAGCUGGGCCGCUGGCAAAGAAGGACGAGCUUGUAGCCGCAAUGCGAAAGCUGACCCUUGACGAGAAGCUGGACGACGUUCUGUUCUUUGUGGUUGACAUACUCAAGGAAGCGGCCACAUUCAUCUCGUCUUCUGCCACGGCCACCAGACUGGUGGAGAAGGCCUGGGGCGUGAAGGUGGAUGCAGAGGGCCUGGUGGUGCUGCCAGGCGUCCUCUCGCGCAAGAAGCAGAUCAUCCCCAAACUGGAAGCUGCGGCGAAGCAGGAGCUCUGA